UUUUGUUUGACACCACUGUCAGCAAAAAAAAAUCGAUUGGCGAGGAGAACAAUAUAAUUACAGUGACGCCAUCUUCCAUUUUUUGUACAUAAAUCAUUAUUAAUUCCGACAUACAAUUUAUUUGCGAAGCCUUUCUUUCGAGUGAAGAACACCGCCCAACACUUUUCGUUAGCAAGUGUCCCAUUUUAGUUGCGUCGCUGGUCCUUGCGUGCAUCAUCAUCUCUAAUCGGUAGAUAAAUUGUGCCCCCAAUCAAACAAUCCUUAAAUGAGUUUAAUCAAUUUCCUAAAUCCCAAAUUAAAACCCUCGGUGGAGAGUGAUGUUGUUUGUGAAGAUGGCUAUGGCGUAUAUAAUCUAGUAUCGGACGAUGCCGAGCAACAGCAGCGUGGUUUUAUGGCUUUCAGUGUGACAAAGCCACCUAUUGAAAUUGUGUUUGACUUUCCCAAGGCUAUCGAACUAAAGGUUAUUAAACUAUGGAACAGUCAUGGUGCUCUCAGGUCGACGGCUUUCGAGGUGCAUGCCAAGUAUGAAGGUAUUUGGGAACGUGUAGCCAAUGUACGCGACUUGGCCAAAGAUGUUGACUCGUUGACAUUUUGCUACCAGAGUGACUACAGUUCCAGUUCAAAGAAUAGCUCACAACCCUGUGAGACGGUGUUCUUUUUUAAGACUGCCCAUAAAAUGCUGUCAAACACCAAAAGUAUUAAACUGACCAUAAGGGCCACGCACAAGUGUCCCCCCGUAUUGCGUAAAGUUCAAAUUUGGGGUUUACCAGCACGUUCCUUGGACAAGGCUGACCGUGAGCUAAUAAAGAGUAUAUGGAACGAAAUAACCAAUCCCUACGAUCAUGGUGCCAGACAAAGGGAUGAAGAUGCUGGCCAACGUUCACCCUCCAGAUCAAUACCGGAACUCAAUAAGAACUCAAAACUGAAGCUACCAGAGGAAUUUCUAGAUGCCAUUACAUGGGAAUUAAUGAUCUUUCCAACGGUGCUUCCUUCCGGUAAAGUUGUGGACCAGUCAACAAUCGAUAAACACUCAGAAGAAGAAUCCAAAUGGGGUCGUAUGCCCUCUGAUCCCUUUACUGGUCUCGAAUUCACAAUCCAUCGCAAGGCAAUAUUGAAUUUGCCCCUCAAAGCACGCAUAGAAAAGUUCCUAAUGGAAAACUCUGAACACUUCAAGACAGUUCCACGUUCGUUGGGUAGUUCGCGUGUACGACGUAGUAAAAAUAGGCAUGCCUCGCAAUUUGCUAGUCUCUCCCAUCCCCAUACCCUUGGAGCCUAUUCGUCGCUUUCGAAAUCGUAUCGCAGAACCUAUGCUACUGCCACCCUCGCAUCAACUGAUCUGUCUACGGACUAUAUAGAUGAUACCACGGUUGGGGCUAACCGCUACCAUUUACCACCGGUGGUUAAACGAGCUCGUCUAAUGGAAACAUCUACCACAGGAUCAUAUUCAGCCUUGGCAGCAUCAAACAAUAAACCAAGAUUAACUAAGAAAUAUACUACCUCGACAACCGCCACCUCGUUAUCCUCGUCAUCGUCGUCGUCGUCGUCUUCGUUAUUGUUGACAUCCACCGCCACACAAACGACGGCAACAGCCACAUCUUCCUUUACAUGUUCCACAUUAACAUUGAAUGCGGAUAAUAAUUCUGCAACCACCACCACCACAACAACAGCAGCAGUGACGACCACCAACAGUACCAUAGAUCAGGCAAUACAACAAGCUUUACAGAAAAUAACAAGAUUUUCCCAAAUUCCUCUGGAACAGCCGCCUAAACCAGAGGGCUGUGUUAACUGCCAAUCACCAGAUUUUGCUUAUGAAAUACAAACAUGUCAGCACUUGGUGUGUCGUGAAUGUUUGGUCACCCUAACUCAGCAGGAGAAAUGCGCUUGUAACCAAACAUUUCGCUCCUCAGAUGUCGAACGUUAUCACAAAUUGUGAAUUGAGCAGUGAAAGGCAAACAGAAAAGAAGCAUAGAAGUUGUUGACUGUAUUUCUUUGUGUUAGAAAUGAAGGAUUGGUUUUCAUUUCUUUAAUUUUUUUUUUUUUGAAAAUAGUCGUCAAAUUUUUUUAUCUAGUUCUUUUAAAUGCAGGUUUUUUUUAAUCAUAUUUUUUUUAAUAUUUAAGUUUAUAUUACCAUCUUUAUUAUUAUUUUAUUCUAUUAGUUUUUUAUAUAUACAUUCACAAAAACAAUACCUAGAAGCUUAUGAAAAUUUACUGUAAUGUUAACUGAGAUAAAUAGUUCGAUUUGUUUAAUUUUGAUAUUAAAUCUUUUACAUAGAAAACACUGAAUAAAAAGGGGUUCAAUCACAGAAUUAAUUGUUAUGAAUAAUCUUUGUAAUUGACAUAAAAUUAAACAACUUGAUACCCUUAAUAGGUUUAUUUGACAGUUCUAUAAAGGAAAUAUGUCAAAUAAACCUAUUUAAAAUCUACAUAAAGUUUUGUGAAUACUGGUGUUAGAUUUUUCUUAAAGUAAAUUGAGUCAAGGAAGAUUUCAGUUGUUUAAAAAAAAAAAAACAAAAUUUAGCUGAAAAUUAAUUGGACUAAAAAAUGUAUUCAAUAUAAAUGAUAGACUCAAUAAUUUUAUUUAAUUGAAUCAACUUAAUUUUAAUAAUUUAAAUAUCGAGUAAAAAUAAUUUUAUUUAUGAAUAGAUUAUGGAUUGCAAAACAACUUCAGUUGCAUUGCCCACGUGCACAUUUGUAAUAGCAAUUCCUAUUUCAAUAUUGCUUUGCAUACUUUUUAAAUUUAACUUAGAAACGGAAACUUCAAAACACAUAUGGGGUCGAUUAUGGAUAGCAACCCAACUUCAGUUGUGUUGCGUUGCCAACGGACAAAGCUGGCAACCCAAUGCCAGUUGCGUUGCCAACGGCCAAAGUUGACAACCCAAUUCC